GGGGCACAGCCCUCCUUCACUCCCAGUGUCAUCAGCUUGGUGUCUCUGUGAGAAAGUUCCAUUGCGAGAGGCUGGAGCAUUGUCAUUUCCCUCUUUCACCCUGUGUAGGUUGCCAGCAAGUCCCAAGGGUCCUCUGAGACUUCCUGGGUCAGGUCCCACCAGCUGCUGGAGAGAUGAACUCCUGCAUCACCAUAGUGAGGCUGCUGCUGUCUGGGCCUUUUCUCUUUGCUCCGGCCUCCAGCUAUAAUCUGGAGGUGCGGCACGUGCAAAACUUGAACUUUCCACACGCCGGGAGGCACUUUGGGUACCGCGUCCUGCAGGUUGGAAACGGGGUUGUCGUGGGAGCUCCAGGUGAGGGCAACAGAACAGGAAACCUCUAUCAGUGCCAGCCGGGCACUGGCAACUGCCUGCCAGUGAGUCUGACUGGUUCAAACUAUACCUCUAAGUACUUGGGAAUGACCUUGGCGGCAGAUCCUACACGUGGAAGCCUUUUGGCUUGUGACCCUGGGCUGUCUCGGACAUGUGAUCAGAAUAUCUAUCUAAGUGGCCUGUGUUACCUCUUCCAGCAAAAUCUGAGUGGUUCUGUGUUGCAAGGACGCCCCGGUUAUCAGGAAUGUCUAAAGGGCAACGUAGACCUGGUAUUUCUGUUUGAUGGCUCAUUGAGCUUGCAUGAAAGUGAAUUUCAGAAAAUUGUGGAAUUCAUGAAGGAUGUGAUGAAGAAACUUAGCAACUCUUCCUACCAGUUUGCGGCUGUUCAGUUUUCCACGAGCUGCAAAACAGAAUUUAGUUUCUUGGAUUAUGUGAAGCUGAAGAACCCGGAUGUGCUGCUGGCCAACGUGAAACACAUGCGCCUGUUGACCAACACCUUUACUGCCAUCAACUAUGUCGCGACAGAGGUAUUCCGGCAAGAUAUGGGGGCCCGGCCAGAUGCCAUCAAAGUACUCAUCAUCAUUACCGACGGGGAAGCCACUGAGAGUGGGAACAUUGAUAGGGCCGAAGAUAUUGUUCGCUACAUCAUUGGGAUUGGAAAGUAUUUUAAGACUAAGGAAAGUCAGGAAGCUCUCCACAAAUUUGCCUCCAAACCCACGAAAGAAUUUGUAAAGAUUCUGGACACAUUCGAGAAGCUUAAAGAUCUAUUCACAGAGCUGCAACAGAAGAUCUAUGUCAUUGAGGGCACAAGCAAACAGGACCGGACGUCCUUCAACAUGGAGCUGUCAUCCAGCGGGAUCAGCGCUGACCUCAGCAGAGGCCGUGGCAUUGUGGGAGCCGUUGGAGCAAAGGACUGGGCUGGGGGCUUUCUCGACCUGAAGGCCGACCUGCAGGACUAUGUUUUUGUUGGGAAUGAACCGCUGACGACAGAAGUGAGAGGGGGAUAUCUGGGGUACACGGUGGCCUGGCUGCUCUCCCGAGGGCUCACGUCUCUGGUGGCCGCUGGAGCCCCCCGGUACCAGCAUGUGGGGCAGGUGUUGUUGUUCCAAGAGGCAGAGGACAAAGGGACGUGGAGACAGAUCCAGAAAAUAAGUGGGACCCAGAUCGGCUCUUACUUCGGGGGUACGUUGUGUGGCAUCGAUAUGGACCAAGAUGGGGAGACAGAGCUGCUGCUGAUCGGAGCCCCCCUGUUCUAUGGGGGGCAGAGAGGAGGCCGGGUGUUUAUCUACCAGAAAAAACAGCUGGGGUUCGAAGAGGUCUCAGAACUGCAAGGGGAUCCUGGCUAUCCCCUUGGGCAGUUUGGAGCUGCCAUUGCAGCCCUGGCAGACAUCAAUGGAGAUACGCUGACAGACGUGGCUGUGGGAGCCCCUCUGGAAGAGCAAGGGGCUGUGUACAUCUUCAAUGGGCAGCCUGGUGGCCUGAGCCCGCGGCCAAGUCAGCGGAUAGAAGGGAGCCAGGUGUUCCCAGGAAUUCGAUGGUUUGGACGCUCCAUCCAUGGGGUGAAGGAUCUUGGAGGGGACGGCCUGGCGGAUGUGGCUGUUGGGGCCGAGGGUCAGGUGAUUAUGCUGAGCUCCCGGCCCGUGGUGGACAUUGUCACUCUGAUCUCCUUCUCCCCGGCCGAGAUCCCCGUGCAUGAAGUAGAAUGUUCCCCCUCAGCCAGCAGCCAGAAAAAGGAAGGUGUCAACGUCACAGUCUGUUUCCAGGUCAAGUCUCUCACCCCCCAUUUCCAAGGAACCCUGGUUGCCAACCUCACCUACACACUGCAGCUGGAUGGCCAUCGGACUAGGAGCCGGGGGUUGUUUCCAGGAGGGAAGUCUGAAUACAGCAGCCACACAGCUGUCACCCAGCUCAAGUCCUGCACUGAGUUCUGGUUCCACUUCCCGGUGUGCAUUCAAGACCUCAUCUCACCCAUCAACGUCUCCAUAAAUUACUCUCUCUGGGAGGAAGAAGAAACACGGAGGGACCAAAAGGCGGUCAAGAAUGUACAGCCCAUCCUGAGACCCUCGUCACACUCCGAGACCAAGGAGAUCCCUUUUGAGAAGAACUGUGGAGACGACAAGAAGUGUGAGGCAAACCUGGCACUGUCUUUCUCCCCUGCAAGUUCCAAGGUCCUGCAUCUGACCCCCUCGGCCAGCCUCUCCGUGGAGCUGACACUGAAGAACUUGGGAGAAGAUGCUUACUGGGUCCAGCUCAGCCUGAGCUUCCCCCGGGGACUGUCCUUCCGAAAAGUGGAGAUGCUCCAGGUUUACAGCCAUAUACCGGUGAGCUGUGAGGAGCUUCCUGAAGAGGCCGAGCUUCUCACCAGGAGGCUCUCUUGCAACGUGAGCUCGCCCAUCUUUAAAGCAGGCAGCUCGGUUGUUAUCCAGGUGAUGUUUCAUACGCUGCUGGACAGCUCCUGGGGCGAUCUGGUGGAGCUGCACGCCAAUGUGAGCUGUGACAACGAGCACUCGGGCCUCCUGGAGGACAACUCGGCCACCACCAGCUUUCCAGUGCUAUAUCCCAUCAACAUCCUCACUGAGGACCAGGAAAACUCCACUCUCUACAUCAGUCUGACUUCCAAGGGACCCAAGGUCCACCCUGUCAUACACACCUAUCAGGUGAGGAUUCAGUCGUUUGUCCACGACCACCACAUGCCUGCCCUGGAGGCUUUGAUUGGGGUGCCACCGCGUCUCAUUGAGGGACCCAUCACACACAAUUGGAGCGUGCAGAUGGAGCCGCCUGUCCCCUGCCGCUCUGAGAUUCUGGAGAGGCCACCCAGUGUGGCUGAGAAGCCCUGCUUGCCAGGAGCCUUCUUCCGCUGCCCCAUCAUCUUCAAACAGCAGGAUAUUCUCGUCCGAGUCACGGGGACUGUGCACCUGGUGGAGAAGAUCGAGGCCUCCUCCACGUUCAGCCUCUGCAGCUCGCUGGCCGUCUCCUUCAACAGCAGCAGGCAUUUCCACCUGUACGGCAGCAACGCCUCCGUGGCCCAGGUCGUCAUGAAGGUUGAUCUUGUAUACCAGAAGGAAAUGCUCUACCUCUACGUGCUGAGCGGUAUUGGGGGGCUGUUGUUGCUGCUGCUGAUUUUCCUGGUUCUCUACAAGAUUGGCUUCUUCAAACGGAACCUGAAGGAGAAGAUGGAGGCGACUGUGGAUGCGUCCAAUGGAAUCCCUGGAGAAGACCCUGGGCAGCUGGUGUCUAAUGAAGAAGCCAUGGAUCCAGGUUGCCUGGACCUGCUCCAUGGGAAGGAGGCCCAGGAUGGAGGUGAUACGGACUGAGACCCAGGUCUGAAACGAGGGCCCAG